GAUCUGCGAGGCUUUUAUUUUAGACGUUGUAAUAAACUCCGCUUGCAACCGCACCGAACUAAUCGCGCCAGUAUCAGUUACUUCUAGGAGCAGUCCUCCCGUUGUUCCAGCCAGCGCUUUCCCCAUCGGCCAAGGAUCUGUGCGAUCUAACUAAGUCCCCUUCGAAUCUCCCCACGGUCUAGGCUAACUCCGUCUCCGCCGCUCGCCGUCGGCCCCGCCUUCGGUUGCUGCAGAUCGCGACCAUGGGACCCCGCGGCGUCGCCCUAGCGCUCCUCGCGGCGGCGCUCCUCCAGGCCCUCGCCCCCGCGUCGGCGGCGGCGGCGGCGGCGGCGGCGGCGGGGGGCCUGGUGCGGGUCGCGCUGAAGAAGCAGCCCGUCGACCAGAACGCCCGCGUCGCCGCGCGCCUCUCCGCUGAGGAGAGGCAGCGCCUCCUCCUCCGCGGCGCCAACGCCCUGGGCUCGGCCGGCGGCGACGACGACUCCGACGUCAUCGCGCUCAAUAACUACAUGAACGCGCAGUACUUUGGGGAGAUCGGCGUCGGGACGCCGCCGCAGAAGUUCACCGUCAUCUUCGACACCGGCAGCUCCAACCUCUGGGUGCCGUCCUCCAAGUGCUAUUUCUCGAUCGCUUGCUACUUCCACUCGCGCUACAAGUCAGGGCAGUCAAGUACUUAUAAGAAGAACGGAAAACCUGCUGCCAUUCAAUAUGGAACCGGUGCAAUUGCUGGUUUUUUCAGUGAGGAUAGCGUUAAAUUAGGUGAUCUGGAUGUGAAUGAUCAGGAAUUUAUUGAAGCUACAAAGGAGCCAGGCCUUACCUUCAUGGUUGCAAAAUUUGAUGGCAUUCUUGGGCUAGGCUUUCAGGAAAUAUCUGUUGGGAAUGCAACACCUGUGUGGUAUAACAUGGUAAAACAAGGUCUCAUCAGUGACCCUGUUUUCUCUUUCUGGUUUAACCGACAUGCUGGUGAAGGAGAAGGUGGUGAAAUUGUGUUUGGUGGAAUGGAUUCUAGUCACUACAAGGGUGAUCACACCUAUGUCCCAGUCACUCAGAAGGGAUACUGGCAGUUUAAUAUGGGUGAUGUCCUGGUUGAUGGAAAGUCCACUGGGUUUUGUGCUGGUGGUUGUGCAGCAAUAGCAGAUUCUGGAACUUCCUUGCUUGCUGGCCCCACAGCCAUUAUUACUGAAAUCAACGAAAAGAUCGGUGCUGCUGGUGUAGUCAGCCAGGAGUGCAAGACUGUUGUUUCUCAAUACGGACAACAGAUCCUAGAUCUUCUGCUAGCUGAGACGCAACCAGCGAAGAUCUGUUCUCAGGUUGGCCUGUGCACUUUUGAUGGCACUCACGGUGUUAGCACUGGAAUUCGUAGCGUAGUGGAUGACAAAGCUGGGAAAUCAAAUGGUGGUCUCAAGAGUGAUCCAAUGUGCAAUGCCUGUGAGAUGGCUGUGGUAUGGAUGCAGAACCAACUGGCCCAGAACAAGACACAGGAGCUCAUCCUGACCUACAUUAAUCAGCUUUGUGAGCGUCUUCCUUCUCCCAUGGGAGAAUCAGCCGUGGACUGUGCCAGUCUUGGGUCCAUGCCCGACAUUGCGUUCACCAUUGGAGGCAAGAAGUUCAAGCUGAAACCGGAGCAGUACAUUCUGAAGGUCGGUGAAGGACAAGCUGCCCAGUGCAUCAGUGGAUUCACAGCUAUGGACAUCCCACCACCUCGUGGCCCCCUCUGGAUCCUGGGCGAUGUUUUCAUGGGAGUCUACCACACCGUCUUCGAUUACGGCAAGCUGAGGGUUGGCUUCGCGGAGUCGGCCUAAGGAACGUAUGGUUUGGCGCCUCCUCCAGAGGAGGCAAAACGCAUGCGCCGAGAGAAAAGCUUCGCUUGUUUUUAACUUGUGUAUUUAUGCGGCCGGCGGUGUGUGUAUAUAUGCUACAUGUUUAGUGAUGCUUUCCGAGACCUGAGACAAUGCCCGUCUGUUUUAACCUGGCACAAGGAAAUUUCUCGAUGUGUUUGCCAAGCCAAUCUUGUACCCAAUUGUCACCGUGCAUCCUGGCAACGUGUACUCAAAGUAUUUUUCCU